UCAUUACAUAAUUUACUUCUUUCUUUAAAACAACAAAAAAAAAAAUCCUAGUCGCCACUGUUUCGAAUUGAUGGCUUCAGUUUCAACUCCUUUUCCGAUUUCUCUCCACCCAAAGAUCGUACGAUCAAAGCCGUUGAAAUUUCGAGUUUUGACCCGUCCGAUCAAAGCUUCCGGGUCAGAAACACCUCCUGAUCUAGCCGUAGCGACACGAACCGGGUCAAAAGAUCUUCCGAUCCGGACCAUACCGGGAAACUACGGUUUACCAAUCGUUGGACCAAUCAAAGACCGUUGGGAUUACUUUUACGACCAAGGAGCUGAAGAGUUCUUCAAAUCAAGAAUCCGUAAAUACAAUUCAACGGUGUACCGAGUCAACAUGCCACCGGGAGGUUUUAUCGCCGAGAAUCCACAAGUUGUGGCUUUACUCGACGGUAAAAGCUUCCCGGUUUUAUUCGAUGUCGAUAAAGUCGAAAAGAAAGAUCUUUUCACUGGUACUUACAUGCCUUCAACAGACCUAACCGGCGGUUACCGUAUCCUCUCUUACCUAGAUCCGUCCGAGCCGAAACACGAAAAGCUCAAAUCAUUACUUUUCUUCCUCCUCAAGUCAUCUCGAAACCGGAUCUUCCCUGAGUUUCAAGCUACUUACUCAGACCUCUUCGAUUCUUUAGAGAAAGAGCUUUCCCUUAAAGGAAAAGCCGAUUUCGGCGGCUCCAGUGACGGAACCGCCUUUAAUUUUUUGGCUCGAGCUUUCUACGGGACGAAUCCCGUAGAUACAAAGCUCAAAGCCGACGCGCCGGGUUUGAUCACUAAAUGGGUUUUAUUCAAUCUCCAUCCUUUACUCUCUCUUGGUUUACCAAGGAUUAUUGAAGAUCCUCUCCUCCAUACAUUUAGUCUACCACCGGCGUUAGUCAAAUCUGAUUACCAGAGACUCUACGAGUUUUUCUACGAAUCCGCCGGUGAAAUUCUCGUUGAAGCCGAUAAAUUGGGUAUCUCACGAGAAGAAGCGACACACAAUCUUCUCUUCGCCACGUGCUUCAACACGUGGGGUGGUAUGAAGAUCCUUUUCCCGAAUAUGGUUAAACGGAUCGGGCGGGCGGGUCAUAAAGUUCAUAACCAAUUAGCGGAGGAGAUUAGAUCUGUGAUUAAAUCCAACGGUGGAGAACUCACAAUGGGAGGGAUUGAGAAAAUGGAGUUAACCAAAUCUGUGGUUUACGAAUGUCUCCGGUUUGAACCACCGGUUCCGGCUCAAUACGGUAGAGCGAAGAAAGAUCUGGUUAUCGAAAGCCACGACGCGGCGUUUAAAGUCAAAGCCGGUGAAAUGCUUUAUGGUUAUCAACCGUUGGCGACGAGAGAUCCGAAGAUUUUUGAUAGAGCGGAUGAGUUUGUGCCGGAGAGAUUCGUCGGAGAAGAAGGAGAGAAGCUGUUGCGGCAUGUGUUGUGGUCUAAUGGACCGGAGACGGAGACUCCGACGGUGGGGAAUAAACAAUGCGCCGGUAAGGAUUUCGUUGUUUUGGUGGCGAGGUUGUUUGUGAUUGAGAUUUUCCGGCGAUAUGAUUCGUUUGAUAUUGAGGUUGCUAAGUCGCCGUUAGGAAGCUCCGUUAAUUUCACGUCGUUAAGGAAAGCUAGCUUUUAGGAGCCAAGGGUAAAUUUGUAAUUUGUUAUGUUCGCAAUUGUGUACCCAUCCUAUUUUCGUGUACUCGUUUCGUGUGAAUUUGAUAAAUGUUGUAUAUCUGU